AUGUCCGUUGACUACUGUGAUCGCUCUGCAGAGCUUGUCAAGUGCGCCCAGCUGUUCCACCAGAAAGUGAUGUCGGGUCGAGCUAGACUAAAACCCCGCCUCAGUGCAGCCGCAGCUGCCUACAAAAUCCCUCUUUCCUCUCUCUACCGGGGACAGUUUUUGCCAUCUGCACGACACAUUCAAGUUCGACUCAAUGACGCCGAAGGCAAACUGAGCAGUCUGAAAGACUCCUCAGCUAACCCUGAAGGUCACCCUGUUCAGAUCGCAGAGGCCCUAUCAGUCGGUGCCCAUGCUCUUCAAUCAGAGGUUGUAUCCAUUAACAGCUAUCUGCAACAGCUGCUAAAGCUCACACCGCAAGUCCUUCAGGAGGUUGCGAACCGCCCACAGGUUUCGAGACAUGUCCAAGCAGUCGUCUCCACUCUUGAGCACCGAAUGGCAGCACUUUCAAUGGGUCUGCGGGACUUUUACCAGGACAAAAAACAACUACUUUCGGCCGUUGAUUUAGACAAGGCUACACCCGCCGCUACGGACAUCUGCGGUUCGAGUCAACAUCAUCAUCAUCCAGACCAUCGUGUGCUUGCCGCUCCAUCCUACCCUCCUCAACCUCCCCACGUCGAUGUUGGCGCUAAUAUGCAGCCCCUUAUUCCAUUAUCCGCUUCGGUUCCCCCGACCUCCUCCAACUCCUCCGUAACCGCCCCUUUUAAUCGGGCCGGUGCGAACCCGUUGCUUUCUGUGCAGCACGCAGCACCACAGAAUCUGCCCCCUAACAAGGCACCGGGUUCCUUUAAUGCACUUCCUCCUGAGGAGAAGAAUCAGGUAUGUGACGUCUUCUAUUUGUUGAGUUGGUUUGUCUAUUGAGGCAGGAGUAGGGUGUGUGUGGGAUUUUGAUUCUUUCAGCUUCUUUUCCUUAUUCUGUGAAGCAGAUUACCUAGAGAUCUAGAACUUGAUGUGUACGGAUUAAUCUGUUUAUGUUCCGCAAAUAUUCCCAUGUUACACUUGAAAAGUCAAGUUGGCAAACACGUGUUUUCGGUAACUCUUCGUCAGGCCAAUACAGUGAAGGAAUGAAAAUGCACAAAAUCAACAGUGUUUAUAGGUGUCUCCAGGGGCAAUUAAGUCAUUAACACUCAUCUUCCCCACGCCGCCCGCAUGACAAAGUUCGCGGGUUUUGGUCCUCAGGAUUAGGGGAAAGGGGUAAGAGAAUCUUUGGGUGAUGUUCUUCGAUUGAGUACAUGGAGUACCAAUCACUGUAAUUAGAGAUUUGAGGCGAAAUAUCGUCAUCAAUUAAGGUUCGCCUUGGUCACGGCAGAGCGAACGCUUGCAUCAGGGUUUUCUGACAUCAUAACACCGGCUUCGCUAACUGUAUAGCUACUGCCUCGGCCGUUGCUAGUAUCCGUUGGCGUAGGCCUUUAGAGAAGCAUGUUGGUGUCCGGUAGACAACCUGAAAUGUUUCCUUGGCAUCGACUUGGUGAUUUGUAUCGAUUAAAUGUGCGAGAAUAGAACUCGAAAUCGAACGGGUCUCACCUCUCUCUAGCCAGGCGGGCAUUUGUGCACGCACCCUCUGUACCAGGCGUCUCGUUGUGCGGCCGAUGAAUCCUGCUCCACAGGAGCAACUAAAUGAAUAAAUGCACAUUGAUGUGGCAUCCAACGGUGGUCUGUCUUUACCCCCCAAACGUAUGAGGUGAGGGUUUGUGAAGCAUACGCGUAAAUUCGAUGCGGAGAAUGCUCUCGUGAUAGCUGUAGUUAAGCGCCGUCUGACUGGUUCGCUCUCUGCGUCUCCUGCAAAAGGCAAUCUUAGGAAUACCUCUUUCUUUUCCGCAGUCGCAACAGUGGGCUUUGCGGCGCGUUUCCCAAUAUUUCGGAGGAUAAAUCUAUCUGGGUAUCCGUUCUCUCGAAGUGUGUUCCGCAGCUGUUGGAGUUCUUCUUCAAUCGCCUCAGGUGAGCAGAUGCGUCUCACUCUAACCGCUAAUCCCUGGACUAGAUUCCGUUUGACGUGGAGGGGAACAAAACUGUGGAAAUUAACGUAUUGUCCCGUCCAGGUUUUCUUUCUGAACAUCCUGCGCUGGAUAGACCAAUCCUCUUGCCUGUUCAGAUGGUCAUCGAGAAAGGCAAUUUUGUUAUCAGCCUCGGCCUCUGCAGUGAACUUUAGCGAGGGGUGCGCACUGUUGAACUUUUGGACAAGGUCCUCGGUAUCGGUGGUACCAUCCGCCAGGCAGAAGAUAUCGUUCACGUACCGACCGUAGAAGACGAGGCCAUUAAUGGUGUCUUGCAAUCCUGUUUUCUCGACUUUGCUUAAAAUCUGUUUAUAGUGAAGUAGGCAUGCGCUGUAUCAACCUCGUUCUUCCUCGCCGUGUUCCAACGCCAAGGCAAAGUCAGGAUGGCCGGAGGUGAGCGUGAGCGUUCCGUCAUCGCGUUUCACACCUGACCUAGUCUCUAACUGCAUACGUGACAGGGGGUUAGACCGUCGCAAGGGACGAUGCCCACUUUGCGCCCCACGGAGUAGACGCAACAUCGGUGACUUGUUUACAUUGAGACAGGCUUACGCAGCACCUCACUCACCUGAAUUCGCUGGCAGGGCAAUAUCAAGGACUCGGUUGCAGUAGCUGACAGAGUUGAGCAGCCUGUCUACGCGUGCCGCACACAGUCCGGCCCCCGUACAGUGUUCCAGGGUUUCGGAUAGGCAAGGGAGACCUGGGUCCUGCGUUCAUGGGUGUGCCAUAGUAAGAAGGAGCCAUUCCGCCUGACUCUCAGACCUCGAACCCGUCACCUCACACGCACCCACAGUACUAACCACGAGGAUCCAGCCAGUUGGUAGCCUUCCAAGCCAGGACUCUUAACACAUCGUAGUAAUUUCAAAACGCGUCAGAUUUGUUGCAGCGAGGAUUGCACUAAAGUGUUGUGGGGGUGGAAUCUCCAGUGUCUCCCCCUGAUCUGCUGACGUCUUACGUUAGUGUAAGUGCCUUGAAGGCCGCAUUAAGAUGGAGUCAUUAGUGUUUGAAUGCCCAUCCGGAAGAGGAUUGACUUAUCCCAUCAGCUGGCAACCUUUUGAGCCACAGACUUUUCCACAUAGGUAGACAUCAAGCCCUUCUCCCCCCUCCCCCCUUAAACACCUAUGACUUUGGUUAACUGGUGGUGACACUGGGCGCAGUAGCUGAUGUGUUGCGAGUCCCCAUCUAAAACAGGUUGCACUCAGGUAGGCCAGCCGUUAGCCCCGAUUCAUCCCGACUGCGCUCACCGUAGUUUUGCGCCUUCGCAAUAGCGGCGAAGCCAGUGUUUCAGGGCAUUCCUGAACCGCCUCCUCGUCUGGCAGCAACUACUUAUUUGGCAUUGAAAGUGCUUUUUACAAACUCUUGUCACCUCGAAGGUCAAUGCGGUGGCCGACCGACCCAUAGGCUGUAUUCGGCACCUCCAUCCAAUCGAUUCUUUUGUACCAACCUGCGAUCUAAACUGCAUCGAAGCAGUGCGGAGAUUGUUUGCCUUCUAUCGCAAGGGCAGAGGCCCUUUGUUGUGUACUCCACAAAACAGAGAAACCUCAAUUCCAACGAGAAUGUCCGUGUCUGUCUGACGUUUAACCCACGGUGAGUUCAUGAUCAGGAGGAUGAAAGUUUGCAAGACUUCUACCGAGUCGAUCCGAUCCAGUCUUGGCAGAGGGUGCGCCGUCUGUCUGGCGGAUCAUUUCCUGAGAUGUCAGCCGUCUUAGCAUACUCGGGUGGGGCCUUGGCCGCUUUAUCGAAAGCCCAUUGGCCAUCCCGUUUUAGGAUCAGUCACCCGAUCCUUUCCUGAAAAUUGCCAGACAAAAUUUCCUCUGCGAUCGCGGGGUUUUCAACUGGCUACUUAUUCUACGCGCGAUCGAAUUCGGAGUUACGUGAUAGAUUUAAACAAGCAUGUGGCGUAAAUAUGAUUUCCUGGCUACCUCCAUAAUUUCAACUGCAUUGUCUGUUUCUUUACAUGGGUGGGCUCGUACAACCCCUCUUACCACCAUUCCCGCAUUAGAGGUGGUCUUACGCUUAAGUGCUUCGGCCAAAAGAUGAAUGUAGAAUUAUUGUUGAAUUCAGUAACACGUAUAAGCCAAAACAGAUUUCGGUGUAUAUACGGUACUAUUGAUAAAAUACGGUAAUAAUAAAAAACGUGCAUACCUCAACAAUGGAUACCCUAGACAAAGAAUUCCUUCGUUACUUUCGAGCAAAUCGAAUUCCCAGCUCAAGGUCAGAAUAAAAAAACUAGUUAAUUAAAAGAGCGCCGUUCGCGCUUGAAAGAGGGUUACAAAAAGGGGGCCAGAUGUGGAAGCACUUGCGAGGAGGGCGUGGAGAAUUCCAAACGUUGACCAGCUGGAUCCAACAAUGAGGGAAACCACAAUCAUCACCUUUAUCAAACCUUGUCAGAAGUGGUAUCUAGGUGUAGCCAACAGCAUCCCCUAAUAAAUUAUUGAUUGUUUCAUUUUCUCUGUCUUCUCGUUCGUUAUCUUUCUAUUUACACCUUUCACAUUAUCGUCCAUUUUCCCGGCAACCAGAUUCUUGUCCCAAAUCAGGUUCGUGGCAGUUGUGUGACGUGGAUCCUAAGCCGUGUUAACCUCUGUAACCGUUAUCAUCUCCACUCAGCGCAAUUCGGACUUUUCACUGGUUUAUCAAUGAGGUCGGUUUUGUUCGACCUUUUCUCCCUAAGGUAAAUCUGACGUGCUUUUCAGCUGUCAGGAUUCACCGGAGGCCGUGAUUUUAAGGUCUGCCACCUGACGGGAUACCUUGUUUUCUUCAAACCGAGAAUCAGACUGCAGUAUUUUCUUGAUUUGCCCUUACAGCAGUUGCCGCCAGGCUGAGUCUGCAGCACGCGUAUUGAGCGCGUAGAGUGGGAAUUUCUGUCAAGUUAGCCACCGCGCUCACCUCCAGCCUAGUCCCGCCAUUGAGACACGAUAGGCGCGAGAAGGAGUAAGAUCAGUGCCUCGCAGGUGCACCGUUCACCCGAAGCUGCUACGCCAUCGUCGUUUAACCACAUGUUGCUCUUUAUUUGUCCCCCGCCCCCUCCCCGGACGCGUGCGUCGUGCAAGUUGUGUUUAGUUGCGACUAUGCAGACUCGUACCCAUUACCCACAGACAGGCAUUUGUCUUUUCAACCGAGCUAUUUCGGACGGUUGCGUACAAGGCGCUUUUCCAAACUGAUUGCACGAAAUUACUUAUAUCGCUCCCUCCAUGAGCGUGGACGUCCGAAAAAUUUGCACCCUAUUUGCCCUCCGGACGCUUACGUCGCACAAGUUGUGUUUAAUUGGGAGUUUUAUCGUCGCCCAUUUCAGUCCUCUCAGCGUUUUUCUUUUUAAGCUCGAAACCGGCCGCUGGAAUGAAGUCUACCAGGCGCAGAACCAGGUCCAACUCACACUCACUGAAGAUCCCCAGUCGGUGAUCCGUCAACGGGACCGUGCCCUCCGCAACACUGAACAGACCAUCGUGCAGCUGGGUGAGAUCUACCAGCAGUUCAGUUUCCUAGUGAAGGAACAGGGCGAGUUGGUUACACGCAUCGACACGCACCUGGAGGACGCUGGUCUCAAUGUGGACCUCGCACACAACCACUUGGUGGAAUUUAUGCGCCGAAUAUCCUCGCGUCGAGCCUUUAUGCUCAAACUCUUCGCGACACUCAUCGUAGUCUUCUGUAUCUUUGCUUUCCUCCUGCGGUGA